CUUAUUAAAAGUGUGCAAAAGUGAUGGCAACCAACGAGGAGCAGCGAGAAGCUCUGACGGCAGAGUUAAAAGCCAAAGCAAUUUGUCGCUUUUGUCUUUCUCAAAGGACCGACGAUCUCACUAACAUAUAUGCAAAGGAUAGUCGGGUUAAAUCUUUAUUCCCGCUGCCGGUGGAAAUAAUGGCUGUGGCCUCUAUAGAGGUAUUUCUAAAUGAUGGGAUGCCUUCAUCGGUAUGUUUGAAAUGCCGUUUGACAUUUGAUUAUUGCUAUCGCUUCAAACAAAUGUGUAAGAAGGCCGAAAAUUUAUUAACCCAAGUUCCACUUCUUGGAGAAUGGCCUGCCCCCUUAAUAAAACCAAUUAUACCGAAGGAACUUUUACCAAAACCAAUCACUCCGCACAAAGAGGAUGGACCGAUAGUACAAGAAGUGUAUAUUUUGCCUUCAGCUAGUAAAGAACAGCUGUCGCCAUUGAAAUACGGUGCUAAUGUAGGCGGAUCAAAGGCAGUUAAUGUUAAAACAUACACUUCAAUGUCAACGCCUAGAAAAAUACUUAACUCCAAUCCGGCCGAUUUGCCGGAGCCGCCCAUGCCAAUGCGUUUUAAAAAAGAGAAUCGCGAUGAAGCUUUUUGUUUCCUAACAAAAGUAGAAAAUAACGAAGAAAUUUCUUUAGACGAUGUGCAACGUUUAAUUGCUUCUGAAGAACUUGAAUUCACCACAAACGAUGUGGCAUUCAAAGAAAUCACUCUAACUACUCCAGAUACUUCAACUGUGAAAGAACAAAAAAAUAAACCAAAAGUUUUAAACAAAUCUUCCAUACGCAUAUUGAAUAAGGAAGCUGAUAUAGAACUGGAGCCACGACUUAAACACCCACAGCUGAAGAAAGACAAUUAUGGCAAUGUUUCUAUUGUUACUGAAAUACUCGAUCCAAAUGAGCCCUAUGAACCCGAACCAGAUCCCAUAAAGAAUGCAGCUCCCGUUCAAACAAAUGUUUUCCCAUGCCCUCACUGUGAGCGCACAUUUCCCUUGUUGCAGCUACGUGACAUCCAUGUCGUGAACCACACACGUGAACGUCAUUUUCCAUGUACAGAUUGCAACCGUUCGUUCUUUUCCAAAUAUGACCUUCAAAAGCAUGCCCCAAUACAUACGGGCGAACGCAAGUACAAGUGUACAGUUUGUUAUCGAGGUUUCACUAGACCUGCACUAUUGCAUAGACAUGAAAAAAUACAUACCGACAUACCCAAAUUUCUUUGUGUAUUUUGUGAGAAGACAUUCUUGUCCAAGGAUGAUAUGGAAAAGCACACUGAGCGCCAUCGUAAGAACAGACCAUUCAAGUGCAAAAUUUGCUCUAAAGCAUUCGCUUUUAAGCAAGGUUUAGAACGUCACGAGGUAGUGCAUUCCACCGAACAGCCACAUCACUGUCAAUACUGUGAUAAAAGUUUCUGCACACCUUCUAAAUUAGCUCGUCACCUGGUAGCACAUGCAGGAGAGCGACCGUUUCCGUGCAAAUUUUGUUCAAAAUCAUAUUUGCUAUCGCAUCACUUGUCGCGCCACAUGCGUACUCAUAAUGAAAGCGUUGUUAUGUAUUCAUGCAACGAAUGUCAAGAGCAAUUCAAGACAUGCAACGAACUCGUUUUGCAUUGUACUGUACAUGCAACUAUAACACUAACUUGCCCCCUAUGCCAACAAUGCUUCGAAGAUGUUGCAUCAGUAACAGCCCAUAUUAAAGAACAUACUAAUAAUGACGCGUUCGCUUGUGAAUUCUGCGAUUUAAUCUACCUUACUUAUAAUGAAAAAAAAUGUCAUGUAGAAACAGCUCACCCCUCAGAACUAGCAGCUUACGCCGAAGAUGAAAGGAAAAACCAACGCGAGAUGAAAAAGGGAAGUGAUGAAGAGUUAGAUGAAGCGAUGGGGGGAUUUAUUUAUGAUAAUAUACCCACAGGCAAUGAAUUCCCUUCUACAAUCAACGAUGGUGAAGUUGCAGCCGAUGUUAGCCAACAAACCGUUGAAGUACCUAAAACAGAGAUUGCCGAAGAAGAAUCACAUUAUGACGUGGAAUACCUUAAAUUAGAGGAACUUGAUAAUGCGUUCGAUACGGAGAUACUUAACCAAAUGCUCGAAGACCAUGAACCAGUUAGUAAGAAAAUUAAAGUGAAUGACGAAAUUAAUGUAGCAAACGAAGUUGUAAACAAAGAUGUAACAAUGAAACGCAAACUACCAAGCGGCAAUGUAGAAAAUAUAGCAGAAAACACUCGAAAGUCACCUAGAAAUGUCGGUGCUAAUCGAAGCUCAGCAAAUAUUGGUGUAUCUACCACAAAUCAAGUAAAAGUAGAGCAGAAAAACGACAAUUUCGAAGGUAGUAUUGCUUCCACCAGCAAAGGUUCAAAAACUGCACACCAAAGGAAGACCACAAUAAGGAGAGGAAUCACAUCGACCGCUAUUGUAUCGGCAACACCAGAUACAGACAAAUUGAUCGCAGGGACCGAGACCGAGCAUUCGGGUGAUAAGGUUGUCAAAAUGAAAUUUAAUGAGAAAAGGAUGAGAGUACAGAAAAUUGUUGUCACAAAAGCAGAAGCCGCAGCUAUGGCUAAGCAAGGACGUUUACGCAUCAAGGACGGAAAUUUGAUCCUUACACAAAAAUCAUCAAAAUAAAUUAAUGAACCAUCUUUAUAUACAUUCAUAUGUACUAUCUGAA